ACAAAAACUACAACAGAUUGUGAUGUAUCCAGUGUUGUUUUUUAUGGGGUUAAUCUUACAAUACCAUUGAUUAGUCUUCAGGUUUUGAAGAUUCCGAAAAUCUGUAAAGAAUAUAUGAGGUUAAUUGCACAUAUUGUGGAAUUUUACCCGGAUAAAUUAGGAGUUCUUCCUGCUGAAUUACUUAAUAAUUUAUUUGCGUCUCUGGAAUAUGGAAUUGAAAAAUAUCCUUUAUUUGCUAAUAUCGAUUCAUCUCGAUUUUUUAAUAUAAUCCCUUAA